AUGGAUGUCAGGAACCAUACAGAGACCCAUCACAUCACUGCCCAUGGCACCACGACUAUGGAAGUUGUCUACACCAAUGAGGAAGAGACUGUGGAGCGAAUCCUUGCCAUGUAUGAGAAAUGGCUCGAGAAGGAGAAGAGCAGAUUCGUUGAACUCGACAUCGAGUACACCCAACAUAGCACAUACAAGCGACAAGAUAUGGCCGUCGUGGAAAUCGCGAUGCGGCAGUACGUCCUCGUGUACCACUAUAGCAGUUCCUCUAAACAUUGUCCAGCUUUGAACAAAUUGUUUGAGCGCAAGGGGAUUAUUUUCACAGGCGUUGACACGAGGAACGACAAGGUCAUGCUUUCCCGUCCUAAGAUAUAUAUUCCAGAGCUGUACAACAUCGACAUCCAAGAUAUAUUCAAGAGCCGGGUAGGAAUGGCUGAUCUAAAAGAGGCCAUCAUCGACGGGUCCUACAAGAACAUGAAAACAAAGUUCUCAUCUGACAAGGAUGACUUAUGGGAGACAAAGCCACUCUCCCCGAUGCACCUCGAUCAAACCAGCACCUGGAUGCUGGGAUGGACAAACCAGCACCCGGAUGCUGGGAUGGAUAAACCAGCACCGGAUGCUGGCUAG